GAUAAUCUGAAUACUUACAAUAUAGUUUCUAAAUAGCUUCGAUUUUCUAUAGCUUCCAUGUUUCGUUUGGAAAUAGUGUGUACAAUUUUUUAUGAACAACAAAAUUUUUAUUUAAAUAUUUAUUAAUCCAUAAAAGUUUUGCUGAUUUAAAAUUAUGAAAAAUAUAUAAUUUUAUAUUAGAAUACUUAUAAGUACAAGGAAAUGUGACACAAUCAACAAAUUUUACUAAUGUAAAAUUUCACAGAUGAAUUAAAUUAUUGCUGUUUAUAGUUAGGUAGUUAUUUAAAAUGCAAUUAAAAGAUUUAUUUAAAAUAUUUAUGGGAAAGAUAUAUAAUAUGAUAGUGAUAAUUGUGUUUAAUAGAAUAGCCUAAUCUCAUAUUUUUAUUAAUCUCUCUUUAAAUAUCUUCUGAAUUAAAAGAUCUAUAUUUUAAUAACUGAGACAUUCAUAAAAUAAAAACUGUUUCAAUUGGAACUUACUAAAUCCAUAGGUAUUGAUGUAUAACUGUCAUGAUUACAUAGGUUACUAUCCAAGGGAAAAACUUGUAAGCUAACUAAUUAGACUACAAGGAGGAUAAGCUUGAGUAAAAAAUUUCGAAAAAGGGAAUUUUUUUGAAGCAACAUGGGACUUAGAGAAAAAAUCAACUAUGCCUAUAUUGUGACAUUUUGUGGUAAUCUUCUGGCUCUUACUGGAGACACAACGCUGACAUGGUCUUCACCAAUUUUGCCAAAAUUAAAUUCGAAUGAUUCCAGUGUGAAUCCCUUAGGCAGCCCUAUAACGACCAAUCAAGAAUCUUGGAUAGGAUCAUUACAAUAUAUUGGUGCAAUGGCUGGUAUUUUACCAUUUUCAACUUUGGCAGAUUUAGUGGGAAGAAAACCGGUUCUACUAUUCUUGGCAGUACCGCAUAUAUUUUCCUUUAUGUUUUUUGCUUUUGCCACUGAUAUAAAUUUAUAUUAUGUGGGUCGUUUCUUAGGUGGCGUGUCUCUAUCUUCAGUUUAUAUAGUUCUUCCUAUGUAUGUUGCUGAAAUAGCAGAAGAUUCAUAUAGAGGACUCUUAUUAGUAUCUUACAGUACCUUUGCUAGUUUUGGGGAUUUACUUCCUUAUGUGCUAGGUCCUUAUUUGCCAGUAGGUUGGUUUAAUAUAGUUUUAGCCAUUUUUCCUAUAACCUUUUUCAUCUUUUUCUUAUUGAUGGCACCCGAAAGUCCAUAUUAUUUUGUUAAUAAAGAUGAUGAUAGAGCUGAAAGGAUUCUUAGGAGGUUAAGAAGAAGAAAAGAAAAUUAUAAAGCUGCUGAUGAAAUUCAAGAAAUUAAGUUGGAAAAAUCUCGAAAUCAACAGGGUGAUAUAUGGAAUACUUUAAGGAAAAAAUACGUUAUAAAAGGUUUCUUGGUAGCACUAGGUUUAAGUAGUUUUCAACAAUUAUCGGGUUUAGGUGCCAUUCUGGCUUACACUGAACAUAUUUUUCAGUCGGCUGGUACAAACAUACCAGCUGAAAUUUCUGCAAUAAUUGUAGGAUUUGUCCUCUUUUUAGCUAGCUUCGGAGGACCCUUGAUUGUGGAUAAAAAAGGCAGAAAGUUCCUUUUACUAGUUUCAUCAAUAGGCUGCAUUGUUUCACAAGUAAUUUUAGGCCUAUAUUUUUACUUACAAGAUAAUAGCGAUAGUUCCCUAGAAAACUGGGGUUGGAUACCGAUCGCUUGUUUAAUAACAUACGUCAUUACAUUCAAUGUUGGAUUCGGCCCAUUACCAUUCACCAUUACUUCAGAAGUAUUACCUUCGAACGUUAAAUUUUACUUAGCUACAGUUACUGGAUUCACUGGGUGGUUAAUGUCGUUUAUAGUUACAAAAUUUUUUAACAACCUGAACGAAUCAUUGGGUAGAGGAGGUACUUUCUGGUUAUUUGCAGGUUUUUGUUUAUGUGCACUCAUUUUUAUUAUUUUUGUUGUACCUGAGACAAAAGGAAAGAGUUUUCAAGAAAUACAGAUUAUUUUGGAUAGGUGAUAUUAAUUUUUUUAAUUAGAUAAUUGUACUUAAUAUUGAAGUAUUUUUUUGUAUUCAAAUUGUUAACUAUUUUAUAUACACAUAUUUUAUUAAAUGGUUAUAAUAUUUUGCAAUAUAA